ACGUGUUUGCUGCACCGGAAGUGACUUUCACAGUGGAGGACUUGGUAUCGUCGCUUUUUGAACAUGACUGACAAGAAGUUGACUUUAUUAACAAUAAUAUUAUUAAACUUUGUAUCCACCGAACAUGUACAAGCUUUGCCGCAAAGCCGAUUUCAGACAGGAAUACAUGGAUCCCAGCCACGGGCCACUUUCAAAGAGAAGUAUUUUCUACAGAGUCUUGACCACUUCAACUUCAACGCCAUGGGGAAUGGGACCUUCCUGCAGCGAUACCUAAUCACUGAUGAGUAUUGGAAGACUGGAUAUGGGCCCAUUUUUUUCUACACUGGAAAUGAAGGGGAUAUCUGGGAGUUUGCCCUUAACACGGGAUUUCUUAUCGAAUUGGCCGCUCAGCAGGAUGCCCUGGUCGUAUUUGCUGAACAUAGGUACUACGGCAAGUCUCUCCCUUUCGGCAACAACUCCUUCAACCUCGACAAGGUCGGCCUGUUGACAGUGGAACAGGCAAUCGCCGAUUAUGCCGUCAUGAUCAGUACAUUGAAACACGAGCUGGCAGCCACAGAUUGCCCUGUCAUCGUGUUUGGUGGGAGUUAUGGCGGCAUGCUGUCUGUCUAUAUGAGGAUGAAGUAUCCAAACCUGGUGGCAGGAGCUCUGGCUGCCAGUGCUCCCAUUCUGUCAGUUGCUGGGCUGGGGGAUCCUGCACAGUUCUUCCGAGAUGUCACAAGUGAUUUUGAGAGCAUUGUUCCUGAAUGCAGGGAUGCUGUAAAAGGAGCUUUCCAUCAUCUUAAGGAAUUAGGUGAAUUACAAGAUUACUUGAAAAUUCAGUCGGCAUUCACCCUGUGUAAGCGUCCAUCAUCUGAUCAGGACAUCCAGCAGCUAAAUGGGCUGCUUAGGAACGCAUUCACGCUGAUGGCCAUGUUGGAUUAUCCUUACAGCACUCACUUCAUGGGCGACAUGCCUGCCAACCCUGUCAAGGUUGCUUGUGACACCAUGCUUCGUGGAGCUGACCUUUUGGCCAACUUGAGAGAUAGUGCAGGGAUCGUGUAUAACUCCAGCGGCUCGCUGACUUGUUUCGAUUUGAACAAGUUGUUUGUUCAGUGUGCUGAUCCCACUGGCUGUGGACUUGGCUUUAACAGCCUGGCCUGGGACUACCAGGCGUGCACGGAAAUAAAUCUCUGUUAUGAGAGCAACAACAUGACCGACAUGUUUCCUGCGAUGACCUUUACAGAGAAAGAACGCGUGGAAUACUGCUCCAAACGCUGGGGUGUGAUCCCGCGAGCCGACUGGCUAAAAAUUCAGUUUUGGGGGAAUGCUCUUUCCACAGCCAGCAACAUCAUUUUCUCCAAUGGAGAUCUGGACCCAUGGGCAAACGGAGGGGUGCGUACGUCGUUGAGUUCAUCGCUGAUAGCUAUCAACAUUCCUGGGGGAGCCCAUCAUUUAGAUUUAAGAGGGUCCAAUGAUGCUGAUCCGCCGUCGGUAAUCAAAGCCAGGAGGACUGAGGCAGACUUCAUCACACGGUGGGUGCAGACCGAGAGGACAAUGACAACCAAACAACAUUUGUUGUGAUACGUUGAUGUUGACGUUGAUUCUGAAAAUUAAAACCAGUUUGAGUCAAACACAGGAGAAAAAACACAGACAUCAGGGAUAAAUAAAACUAAAAAACAGGCUUUCUAAAUUGUAUACUAAGCUAAUGAAAUGACUGAAAAACAACAAAAAUGAAUUCUGCCACACUGAAAAGUUAGGAAAUAACAGUAAAAAAAGAAUAGAAGUCUUGAACUACACAGCAUAGGAAGCAUGUGGUUUUGUGGUCUUCAGAGUCCUGUCCUGUAGGAGCCAUUUAUGCUGCCUUUGGGUUUUAUGCACCGGGUUUGUUUUGGUAGUAAUCGAACCACUGGUGGCGGUAUGGAGGUGUUGGGUAUAAAGGGACGGAAGUGAUGAUGCAUGGAUUUGGGUUUUUACCACUCAAGCACACUAUUGCACUUUUCCUUAUUUACCCUUAUUAGAUUAAUCUGUCAUGAUAUUCGCCACUUUGGAUACGUUUUACAUUUUUUUGUUGACUUGUACACAAUAAAGAAUGUUAAUCUCAACGUGAU